CUUCCGUUUAAAACAAACCAACGUGCAGAGAACAGUCACAUGAUCAAAUAAAACGCCGUACAGGAAAGGGAAUACCUGUGAUGUUCGAUUUUUCUAUUGGAAUAUAUCUGCAUGACUCAUUCACAUCAUUCUGCCACCAAGCUGAGGAAUCUUAGCCCGACAGGGAGUGACAGUGCAGGAUGGAACUUCUGUACCUGUCGACGUUCGCAACGAUAUUCUGCACAAUAUUCGUUUUUAGUCUCAAAUACCUCUCCCUUCUGAGGUGGAUAAGUGGUCGGGCUUAUGUGUUACGGCAGAAUCAAGAAAAAGUUACUGCUGAAGAAGUCCUUGAUCUUAUAAAAAAUGCAAAGCCAUUCCCAGUGUCAUGUCAGAAGGGGUGGAAGAUCCACUGCUACGUCCAUGAUCAUCGUCUGUGGUUUCACUUCCUCACCAUUCCCAACUCAAACACAGCCAGUCUCAAGGUGUUCGCUGUCUUCAGUAAACUCCGAGCAUCUUCACAGUCUGUACUUCAACUCCUCAAAGAUGUUUCCAUGACAUGUGAAUGGAAGCCCGGAGUGGUGGCCACAUCGUAUGUCCGCGAUGUAAGCUCCCACGACGUCCCGGUCAAGUCCAAGGGUGUGCCGCCCAUGCCGGUGAAGCAAGAUGUGGUGAGGGAGGAAAGGGUGUGUCAACGCCCGUCCAGACCAUUCGAUGCCUGGUGGCAGCCCAACAUCACCCAGACAACCACCGAGGAAUAUCGGAGGCUCUGGCACAGAGAAGACAAUGGAUGCUGCUGGUUACUGCAGAUGAAUGAAAAGAGACAAGCAUGGACGUUUUUCCUUGCCCAACCCGUGGAAGGUUGGUUUGAAGUUGACCAGAGCCUGGUAACCAUAGUAACAUGGAGUUCAGGGAAUGAUGGAAAUGAAUCUGGGGAGAUGGCGGCAGCUACUCUAGGAUCUCUGCGAGAGUUUCUGCACUUGCGUAAGAUGCAAGCCACACCCCUGCUUACCCUGUCUUUGCCCCGAGACAUUUCUGCACCCAGCUUCACAUCCAGCACGCCUAAGUCAGAUGAGAAAGAGCUCAAAACGGAAGGGAAAAAGUCACACAAACUCAUAACAAAGUUCAAAUCAUUCAUAGAAAAAACUGCUCAAAGUAAUAAUGCAUCCAAAGUUGAAGCUCAAAAAGAGGAGAUUAAAAAGUAUUCCAGUAUUUUGAAAUUUGGUUCAUCUGCCUCUGAGAAGGUAGAAACUGAGGUUGUGGGGAAUACGGUGUGUCCUGAGGAAACCCCUCAAGGAGAUCAGGCAGGGAGUGAGGAGAUCCUCCAGGACUGUGUGUCUGACAAGAAGACCGUCGAGAAUGGAAAGCAGCCCCUCCAGAGGUCGGUCAGUGAUUCAGCUGCUCUCAGACAGGUGGCCAGAAGGAAGAACUCUCAGACUCAGAAUAUCCCAGAGGUUGUCAUGGAGCAGGCAUGUGAGUCUACAGAUCCAGCUCUGCUGUCGAAGUACAAGACUCUGGCCAGCCAGGCUGCUGCAGAACUGCUGGCCCAGGUACUGAAGGCCUCCAACAUAGAGCUAGACAAGGGAGCCGAGGAACAGUUCAGCACAGCAGGAGGAUGGAUGUUUUAUGGUUUUGAAAGUGAUGUCGUGAUACUGAAAAGAUUAUUCAAAGCAGGGUCGCAUGUGCAAAGCUACCUGGGUAAGGGUGUGGUCGAAGCCCCGCCCCAGACUGUGUGGGAGGCCCUCAGGAACCCCAGGACAAGAUUUACAUAUGAUGAAUCAUUGAAGAAAGUGGAUAUUUUGCAGACUAUUUCCGAAAAUCUUAGAAUAGUAUAUUUAUACCACGAGGUGCAUCAGAUUCUCAAGAAAGAGAGCUGUGAUUUCUGUAUUGUCCAGAGUGAGAGAAUUGAAGGAGAAAAACACAUUCUGGUGUAUCAGUCUGUAGACUGGGCGACAACUCCACCAAGAGGUGAUACCGUUAGAGCUACACUCCUGCCCAGUGGGUGGAUCAUCGAGCCAGUCCAGAAGGACAAGAAGAUCCACUCCAUGGUCACCUACUUGAUGCAGAUUGAUUGCGGAGCACCUAAACCAACAUCAGAGAAGAUGCCGUUUGAGGAUAUGGUGACGAAGCAGCCUCUCAGCAUAACAUUCCUCCAGCAGUACCUGCAGCCUGCCGUGAUGUUGGCGCGGAGGCAGUCACUGCCGUCGCUCACAAACUCAUGAUUUAAUACUCUUUCGCAGCCUACCAUGAUGUUGGCACAGAAGUAGUUGCUGCCAUCACUAACUUAUUUAAUUCAUUAACCUCCAACGCUUCUACAGUGAACGGUAACGUUGACAGGGUGGCCAUAACAUCUGUUGCUUAACAUUACUGGAGUUAUGAUCCUUCAACACUUUUACAUUGAGACCAUCACGGCCAUCUGUAGUUCCUCCCUGGUCCAUCCAUAGAUCUUCAGUCUGUGUCAUGGUCAUCACUGUUUCCCUUGUGAUCCUCAGACUCCUUUUCUGAGUCAGUGAUGUUGAGAUUGUGGUCGUCACUGACGUCGCACUCCAUGUGAUUCUCCUCCUCGGUUGUCCUCUGUGAUAUCCAGCCCACCUCACUUCCCCGGUUGCUGCUACUGUGGGGUAAGGACCAUUCAUGUGAAGAGAUGAUGAAGAUGCAGGUCAGCCUGUAACCUUGUCUUCUCCUGUGCCAGGUCAUCUAGCAGGCUGGUCUAAACGACUCCACGAUUUACACUACUUUAACAACAGUUAUAUAAUUGCUUUGGGCCAUCAGGCGUCACGAUGACAAUGUUCACAAAUCAGCAAAUUUCUGAAUAUUCUAAGAACAAAUGAUCAGGCUCUAUUGAUGCAAAUUGCUUGGCUGAUUUUGUGAAAAGUUGUUCGCAUCAGUGACGACUUGACCACGAGUUUAUUAUCAUGAUUAUGCAUGUAUAUGAUAAACCAGCUUCAGUAGUGGGACUCCUGACAGCAUUAUUCUAUUGUGUGAGUCCUGGAUAUGUAACAUAUCCAGCUUGUCAUCUUGACAUAUCUGAUACAAGCAUCUAGCAUAUCCUCGUAUCUCUGCACCUGUUUGUCACUGAUUUGGGGCAGCAGAAACUGUAUUCUGAUAUAAGGUAAUGUUUUAACUGAAAUAGGUAGCUUUAAAAACAAUAGUUAUUGGUUCUAUGUCAUGCUGGAGUUCUGCCUUGAUAUAUUUUGCAAAGUAAUAUUUAGAUAUUAGUUCCCUUUUAAAGCGAUAUGUAUGGGGCUCGUGGGAUAUCAGUUCCUAUUUAUAGACAUAUGUAUGGUGCUCGUGAGAUAUCAGUUCCUUUGGAAAGAUAUGUAAAGCUCUCAAGAGAUAUCAGUUCCCUUGCAAAGGGAUAAGUAAGAUGAUUUUGAGAUAUCAGGUAUCUUGCAAAGAGAUAUGUCAGGUGCUCAUGAUAUAUCAGUGUCCUUUGUAAGCAGAAAGUAAGGUGUUUAUGAUAUAUCAGCGUCCUUUGUAAGCGACAAGUAAGGUGUUCAUGAGAUACUAGUUCCAAUGAGAUGUGUAAGGUUUUAUUAUAUCCAUUUCCUAUGAACAGAAAAUGUGUGAGUACCGGUAUGCUAUGCAAUAAGAAAGAUCCGAGUCCAGGAAUCCAUUCAUUGUCUUUUACAUAACUGUCAUUCCCCUUGUGUCACUCAGGCAGUAGUGGACUGUUUUCUAAAACUCACAGCAGCAGUGCAGGGUGUGUGACUCGUCUUCCAUAUUGUAUCCAGUUGUGUACAGAUGACAUCCAGUUGAUGGCCAGCACCAUGGUCCAUGUAUGUGCCAUAGUCAACAUGUGCUACAUGCCAGGUAGAAAUGUAGUCAGCUUAAUCUUUAAUUGUUUUUAUAUGUAUUCAGUAUAUGUAGAACCCCCGGUCUUUCUGUGUAAAUAUGUUGAUGGACCCACAUCUGCUGCAUCUUCCAUGAAGGACAGGCCCCACUGUCAACUUGCUCAGGGUACUUCAGUGUGUAUUCCUUGUUUAGAUCCACUGACAGCUGAUGCAGUGGUCCUCCCGUUCUGUAUCUUUACACAUAACAGACAAAUCAUGAUCACACAGUUGGUCUUCAACAAAAUGCCAUGGAGAAAAUGUUGAUAUUUGUUCCAAAAGGUUGUCGUUCGAAGCAGAAUGAUGUAAUUGCACAGGUGGUCAUAUUCAAGUCAAGUGAUGUUCUGAUAUAGAUUGAUGUCUGUUGUCUGGGUGCUUGAGUAACAAUGUGCGAAACAGACAACUGACAAGAGUUAAUGUCAAACUUACCCAUCCCUGAUACUAAUUCCAUGACAACAUAUCCAUGCUGUACGAUAUAAAUCUUAUAAAUAUCAGCUAAGAAAUCAGGGAAAUAUUGUCAGCUUUUUUUUGGAAUAAUUUUGAUAUUCACAAAUCUCGUAGUUUUGUGAGAGAUUUAAUUAGUAUUUAUGUCACUUCUUGAGAGAUUUUGGAUAUCACUUAAUCACUAUGUGUUACGUCCAGUUUGUCAGCGUCUGAUAUUUGAUUAUGUUGUGGAAUGUUAAUCACGAUGAAUGCUUUGGACCUUUACCUUGUUGUAUAUUGUGGUAAAAAAAACAAUUAUUUUGGAAAUGUUGGAAAUAUUUUGAAAUUUUUAUGAGACUUAACUGUAUUGCAUUUUUAGACACUUUUCACUUGUUAUGAACAUCCCAAAGGAUUAGUGCCUUUAGGCUGUCUUUUUUCUUGGAGCCACUACAUUGUACAUUGAGCAGAAGAAAAAACUUGUUUUCAUUUCGGAGAAUGUUGUAUUUAUACGUAUCUGAUUGUAUCGAGCAAUAUUCCCCCUGUGUUAUUUUCUUACUGUUAUUAUUAUUGUUUUUAUUAUUGUUACACAUAAGUGCCUCCCUAUGAUGUCCACAGAUAAUGUAAGAUGAAAGAGCCAUACACAGGGUACUGUUUAACUUCAUCCCAUUGAGACAUGACAUCAGCUUGAAUCCACAAAAAACACUGUCACAUGGCUGGAAUAUUGCUGGGUGCGGCGUUAAACAACAUGAAACUGAAACUGAAUGCACAAAGCAAGGCACUAACAUCUCCCAAUCUCAUCAAAAUCAGAUCUAUAACUCUGAUGGCAGCCUUCUGACUUGAAGACAGUCCCUCCACAGGAGGGGUGGUGGGGUAGCCUAUUGGUCAAAGCGUUCGCUCGUUACGCCGAUUUCUCGGGUUCGAUUCCCCACAUGGGUAUAAUGUUUGAAACUCAUUUCUGGUGUGACCCGCCGUGAUAUUGCUGGAAUUAUGCUAAAAGCACCGUGAAACCAUGCCCUCUCAAUCUCUACCGGAAGUCAUGCUCAGGGAAGGUUCUACACCAAUCAGCGUUGAGGCUUCUAAAUUAUUAGUUCGAGUGACAGAAGCAUUCAGAGUGGCAUAUAUCUAAUCUCUGUAUCUUCAAAAUGAAUGGAUGGAAAAUGAUAAAGGCUGUGCUGUUAUGUGGUGACAUAUUGUUACUAUGUUAUCUACAUCGAGAAAGGAUGUACUAUCAAGGGGAUAUUCAUGUCCUGUGUGGUGUUUUUAUGAAUUAAGAUGUUAAAGAAAUGAA